GCGCAGGAUCUGCUGGAGGCCUCCAUCACUCUGGAGAGCUCCCUGCGGGAUCACAAGGACUUGCUCACGCACUUGGUGGGGCUUGGCGAAGCAAAGGCGGCCGGCUCAGGCGAGAAGAAUGGCGUCAAGAAGCCGCCGAGUUUGCCAGGUGCCAUUCAACAGAG